AUGACCGGGAUUAAGAAAGUGAGAACCAGCCCGUAUCACCCAAGAGGCAACCCCGUUGAGCGAUUUAAUCGCACCCUCCUGAGUAUGUUAGGCACACUCGGCCUGCAUCUAGCUAGAGUCCGCAGUGAGACACGGAGAGCAGACGAGAGAGCUGCACAUGCUUUAGAGUGUCUUGCUCUAAAAUCAAACCGUGUGGAGUGUUGUUGUUUCUUGGAAACUCUGACUGGUUUUUUUGUGGUGCUGGAAACGGAUCUUGGAGUUGAACACUGA